AGCCCCGCCACGAUGGCCCUGUCACCACUCUUGCAGUUCCUGCUGCUGUUGCUGCUGCUGGAGGUCCCCGCGGUGGCGCGGGCGUCCCCGCUGGAUACGUCCCCCGAGGGGGCGGCCUCCUGCAAGGCCGGCGACCUGUGCCUGAAGGUGCCCCUCAAGGAUCCCCAUAUACCGCUGGUCAACGUGAGCCUCUACUACGAGUCGCUGUGCCCAGGCUGCCGAGGCUUCCUGGUCCGAGAGCUCUUCCCAACGUGGCUGAUGGUCAUGGAGAUCCUCAAUGUCACACUGGUGCCCUAUGGAAAUGCUCAGGAAAGAAAUGUCAGCGGCAAGUGGGAGUUCACAUGCCAGCAUGGCGAGCGGGAGUGCCAGCUUAACAAGGUGGAGGCUUGCCUGUUGGACAUGCUGGAGGCGAAUGUGGCCUUUCUGACAGUUGUCUGCCUGGAGGAAUUGGAUGACAUGGAGAAAAAUCUGAAACCGUGCCUGGAGCUCUAUGCCCCAAAGAUGUCGCCAGAUACCAUCAUGGAGUGUGCAACAGGGGAGCACGGGACUCAGCUCAUGCACAUCAAUGCUCAGCUUACGGACUCUCUGCAGCCACCCCAUGAGUACGUUCCCUGGGUCGUCGUCAAUGGGAAACCUUUGAAAGACUUGAGCCAGCUCCUGAGCCUCGUCUGCCAGCUGUAUGAGGGUGAGAAGCCGGAUGUCUGCCCAUUUCUGGCCAGCUCACACAGGGAGGUCUGCUUAAAGUGACUGCAGGUGCCCCAGGAGGGUGCUGAUGGAGGAAGAGCAAGAGCCCCACUGCCCCCCUCUUCUGAUCUCUAACCCUCAGCAACUACUACUCACCAGCUACAUAACUUCUAUGUAUCCCGUGAAACCCAGACCCAAAAUUCUACCCCAUGAUCAAGAAUCUUGUCCUGCUGAAAAUGGUGCUAAAUUGAAACUAGUUUAACAAAC